UGUCUUGACGUGUGUUUGUGUCCCACCUCCCCUCCUCCUCCAGCCGAGCAGCGUGUCCUCCUGCGGGGUGUCGGAGACAGCUGGCCCUGCCCUGGUGCAGAGGGAGCGGAGCGGGGACUGGACACCGAAACGGACACGAGCCGGGAAUGGCGUCGCUCGGCGUGGGUCUGCAUCUCGUCCGGCGGCGCGCAGCGGGCAGGAGCGCAGCGGUGGAGCGGAGGAACCUGCUCACGGUGUGCAGGUUCUCAGUGAAGACUCUGCUCGACCGCUCCUGUUUUGAGACGAUAGAUGACUCAUCUACAGAGUUCAUUAAUUUCGUUUCCAUCCUGGAGCACAUCCUUAAUCAUCGGCUCAAAGGUCAGACGACGUGGUUUGGCUAUGAGAGUCCUCGGAGUUUCUGGGAUUACAUAAAAGCAGCCUGCGGCAAAGUCCCUCACAAUUGCAUUCGAAGCAUUGAGAGCAUGGAAAACGUGCGAUCAUCAAGAGCGAAGGGGCGGGCAUGGAUCAGAGUGGUGCUGAUGGAGAAAAGACUUUCAGAAUACAUGUCAUCUGCACUGAGGGACUUCAAAACCACCAGGAGGUGUUACGAGGAUGGUGCAAUCAUGCUGGGAGAGGAGGCGGGGCUGUUAGCAGACACGCUCAUUGGACUCAACACCAUUGACUUCAGCUUUUGUCUGAAGGGGGAGGGUCUGGACAGCAGCUGCCCCGCCGUGAUCGACUACACGCCUUACCUGAAGUUCACUCAGAGUGCAGACAGCAUCAGCAGCGAUGAGGAGGAGAUGAGGACUCUCGGGAGCAGUGGCAGUGAGAGCAGCUCCCCCGACAAAACGGCCACCGCCGCCUCCAUCUUCACCGAGCAGAGCAACUUGGUCAGCAAGUGCAAACGCUUUGAGCAGAAGUAUCGCGUGGUGCUGGAGCAGAAGGGUUACCUGGAGGAGCUGGUCCGUCUGCGAGAAGCCCAGCUGUCGGCGGCCGUGUCUCAUAACAAAGCUCUUCAGCGGAACCUAGCAGACACACACCUCUCCCACGCACUGGAGAAGGAACAGCUGGAGUUCAUCAUACUGGAACUACAGGACCAACUGACAGUGCUGAAGAACAAUGAUUUGCGGUCCAGACAGGAGUUGACAGCUCAUCUGACCAAUCAGUGGCCGUCCCCUGAUGCCCUGGACGCCAACGCUGUUGCCCUGGACACACUGCUGUACAGGAAGAGCACUGGACAGUGGGAGGAGAAGAGUUUCCAAAGUCUGGAGCAGCUGUCUGCAGACAUGAGCCUCUCCCAGACUUCUCUUGAACCGUCACACACACUGAGUCUGGAGGCCCGGCUGGCCGGCACACAGUGGCGCCACCAGGAUAAAGAGGAAACUCCCUCUCUGAGAGGUCUGUGUGGCUCCCUGACAUCCGUCGCCAGCUACAAGUCUCUGGCCAGCCUGAAGUCCAGCGAGUGUUUGGUCAGUCCUGCAACGGAAAUCAGCAGCCCAGGAAUCACCCCUUCAUAGAGAACAGACGACAACGGACGACAAUGCAGGAACCACCUCAGUGUAGGUGAUCCUGAUUUUCUGCUCAGAGAGAUUUAUGUUAUGUACAUUUAGCCCACAUUCCUGACAGAUCGACAGCAUAUUUUAAAACUGAGGAUCUGUUGAAGCAUGUUCUUUGAUUUGUGAUAGAACUCAGACCAGCACCAUCAGACCGAUUAACAAAUGCACGUCUGAGUUGAAACACUGGUCACUCGUCUCACUUGUGAGAUUAAUCAAUGUGAUUGGUUUUGUUUUGUAGUUGUUUUUAUCUGUACUGCAUCAUUUGUCUUUCUUUAUUGGAAAAAAAAUAGGGAGUUUACGUAUGAAGUUUAUGUCACUUCAUAGAACUGAGAAGACGCCGAUGAGGGUGUGUCUUCCCUCCUCUACGAGGAGGUUUCACUGCAUGCUGAAAAUACUGAUCAGAGUUUAGGGUGCAAAAGCCUUGGUCUGUGUUUGAUCUUGUUUCUCACUACAAAUUGACUCCUGUAGUUAAAAGGGUCCUUUGAUAGCCUCUGUGCUGUUACUGCUGAUACCAGUUAUGUUUUCUUUUAAUCUACUCAUUUCUUUGAUUCAUAAUGAAGGUACUUUCACUGUUGUCACAUUACAUUAUCAAAGUUUUGCAUAGUCUCACAUCAUGUUCUUGCGCCUUUCUCAGUCUUUUAUGUUGUACAUAAUGCAAUAUCAAAUGGGUUUGUUCUCAGGUAAUGACCACUAUGAUUAAUAUUCAACCAUCAGUUCUGGGUUUAGACCAUCCUUAUUCCCUUUACUUAUUUAAAUGCAGUAUUUAUACUUUAACGGCUAGUUACCACAAACAGAUCAAUCCUUAAACUUUAAGAUAAUCUGUUAGGACACAAAUGAAUAUAUUGCAAUAGAGAUAUUGAGUAUGAGAAAAUAUGUUGACAGAAUAUCAGUAGAAUAAUUGAUAUAUAAUUAAUCUUAUUGGUGACUAGCCGAAUACCUCAAUACUGAACUUAUGACUUUGCCUUUAGCUCUUUCCAGCAGUCAUUUGCACAGACAUACUACACACAAUGUUUUAUGGAUGUUUACCUUUUUAAUCUUCAUUUUGAAUAAACUCCACUUGCUGAAACUGUGAAA